AUGGGAGUAGAUGCCAACAAGGCGAGUACGGCACAAAUGGGAUUAUGCUAUCAGCUCAUGAGACGGGCCUCUGGCGUGAGUGUAGCCGAGGCCAAAAGGCCUGUACCUGAAGGAACUGAAGGUGUGGAGUUCGCACUACUGCUACUGCUACCAUUUCCUCCACUCAAGCUGCUGAUAGCCGACGAGGGCUGCAGCGAGGAAGAAAAUGAGGUGGAAGAGGAAGAUGAUAUGGAGGAGGAAGACGAUAUGGAAGAUGAGGAAGAGGGGUUAGAUGAAGAGGAUAAUGUUAAGGAAGGAGUGGGAAGGGCUGUACCAUGUUCGAUAUCACGUACCUUACUGUCGCUAGUUUCAUUG